AAUAUUACCGGCGGCCAGCCUCCGCCGUUUUGUCCCUCUCGGCUUGUAUCUCUGCCUGGUAGUUAUUGUGAAUUCCAAUUAUUAACCAUCUGAUUAAUAACAUUGUUCUAUGAAUUUUUGUUGCAAUAAUGUUUAUGUUUUGAAAUAUUUUUUUAUAAACAAAUAAAAAAUAUUUAAAAUGGAUCUUAAGGUGUGUAGAAUUUGUGGUGGUGUAGAACAAUUGAAGAAUAUUUUAGAUCAAGGAACAGAAAUGAUGGACAAAUUUCUCGUAUGUACAAAUAUCAAUAUAUAUUGUGGAGAUUUGUUGCCGAAACUCAUAUGUGAACAAUGUGACAUAAAAUUGGAUCUUUCAUAUCGGUUAAGAAAACAAAGCGAAGAUACACAAAAACGAUUAAGAUGGGAAAUAAAUAAAAAAGUUGGUGUCUUACAAGAAAAUGAUAUGAAAAAUUCAUUUGAUGCAUCUAGUAGUGAAAGUGAGACAGAUAUUUCAAAUUGUCGAAAAAUUGAUCAGUCUGUACAUUGUAAUAAAUCAUUUGAAAAAAAUAUAGGCGAAAAUUGUACAACACUUCACGAAAUAAAAGAUAUAAAUGAACCUAUUGAAAAUGAAGAACAAGCUUCGAAUUUGAAAAAGGAAACAGAAAUAAUCGGAGAAAACUGCAUAAUUAUAGAUAAUGACAUUAUUGAAUAUAAAAGUUGUAACAUAGAUAACGAUCAUAUUUUAGAUGAUCAACUUCACAACGAAGAGACUGAUAUAUUAGUUUUUAAUGUUGAUGAGGAUGAAGUUAUAAACACAAGCGAUGAUAUUUACAAUUUAGAGGAGCCAAUAAAAAACCCAGUAACUUCCGAGUACUGUAUUAUUGAUUUAUUAUCUUCUUCAUCUGAAUCAACGGCAAGUGACCAUUGUAUUGAUUUAGAAUUCGAUAAUUCCGAAAAUUCCCUUACAUGUAAUACCUGUCAUGAAGUUUUUACUAAGAAAAAGGACUAUAGUAUACAUAUUAAACAACACGGGGAAGAACGAUAUCAAUGCAUUCAAUGUUGUAAAUUCUUUCCCACUCGUUUUCGUUUGAAACGACAUGAGGAAACUCACAAUGAUAUUGCUACCUACAAUUGCCCUCAUUGUAAGCGAAGUUAUCGAGCUUUAUAUAAUCUAAACCGGCACAUACGUUCAGCACAUUUAGAGGAAAAGGGUUUGAACUGUAAUAUCUGUAGUGUUAGUUUCUCCCGUGCGGAUGUCUUGAAGCGUCAUAUGCAACUACACUCUGAGGAGAAAAACUACAGUUGUUUAUUGUGUUCACGGAGCUUUAAAACUAGGGACUAUUUGUAUGCUCAUGAUAAGGCACAUCAUUCUGGAAAUUCUUAUGUAUUAAAAAAGAAUAAACGAACUAAAGCAGAAAGUGCCAAUCAAAAUCAGUGUGGACAAUGCGGCAAGCUCUUCAAGUCCUCAUUUGCCUAUAAAAAUCAUUUACUUAUUCAUACAAAUGAGAAACCAUACGAAUGUGAAACUUGUAAUAAAAAAUUUCGAACGAUCGCGGCGUUGACAACACACCAGCGUAUCCACGACGAUUAUCGGCCAUACCAAUGCGACCUAUGUUUAAAAAGUUUUAAACAAACUGCACAUUUAAAAGAACACAAACUUCUGCACUCGGACAGUGCUCCUCAGCAUGUCUGCACUAUAUGUCAAGCACCGUUUAAUAAGAAAAGCAAUUUAAAGGCACACAUGCGUAUACAUUCAAAAGAAAAGCCAUUUAAAUGCGCAGACUGCUCUGCUGAAUUCACAUAUAUGUCUCUGCUCCAAAGACAUGCUAGUAAAGUACACAACAGAAGCGCACACAAAGUCUAUAUUAUAAAUGAGUCCGAUGAAACAAUUGAAGCCCAUGAUAUUAUUAAAAGCAACAGUAUGUUGGAAUCUGAGCUGUAUAUAGAUACGGUGACAGAUGAUGACUUUGAUCCUAAUGUUGCAAAUAUUGUGCAUUUGAUUGAAGAUGAUCACGAAAUGUAUAGGUCAUCUUCUGAAUUAGAAAUUAUAAACGAUGAACCUGCAAUUGCUGAAAAAACUGAUGUCGAGACUUGUGCUUUAGAGAGCCAAACAAUUUUUGAUAGUGUUCAAAUACUUUCAAUAGAUUCCAUACAAUCACAAUCACACGAAACAGAAUUCGUAAAUGGUGCUGAAGACUGCGAAAAUCAUAUAAUUGAACAAAAAGUUGAUCUUUUUGUGAGCGAAGAAACUAAAUUAACAAGUUCCGUGUGUAAUGUUAACCGAUUAAAAUGAGGUAAACAAUAAAUAUAGAAAAUUGGUACAUAUAUAAUUAUCAAAUAUAUACAUACAUAUAUGAAUAAAGAUUAAGAUUAAUUUAGUUAUCGAGAGUUUUUAGGAGAACAAAACAUUUUUUAAUAUUGUACAAAAUUCAUUCAUUAAAAAUUUUAUAUUUUGCACGUUUUUAGGCAGCACUUUUUUGGACCAAAAGUAAAUAUUUUUCAAUAAAAUUUAUAUUUUGAGAUACAUAGUAUCCUGGCAAAAAGUUA